UUUCAUAGUCAGGAGUGUAGGAGUCAGAAGGAGUAUAGACCGAGACUGCUCAAGAACUCUGUCUCCUCUCGGCACACAUAUACCAACUUAUGAACAACAAAAAGAUGUUAGUCAUUAUGGCAUUUUUAAUUGUUCUCCUGUUAUCAGGAAACACCAAAGGUGAAAAGGUGCUGCAUGCUUUGCAAAACCAGAUAAUGAAUUGCAAUGAGAAGACUGUCUUACAGUGCAACAUCAGCUCAUCAAUGCAGUUGAACAUUGUUGACAUAUACUGGACAAAACAUGAAGAAAAAGGUUUUAAAUGUGAUCCAAGAUCGAGCGACAACACUCCAGGAUUUGAGUGCAACUACACAAGGGAAGCAUUAACAUUAACUAUUUUACAUCCUACACCAGUAAACAUGGGCACGUAUUUUUGUAGUAUAAGGAUGGACUCUGGACAUGGAAAAGAUCAAAUCAACAUGUCUUUAGGAGAGUGCAGAGGCGAAUUCUCCCAACAGAUGGCUGGGCCCAAACAAAAGGAAUGUAGCUUCAAUAGUGUGUAUCCAGAUGGAAUAAUAAACUGGUUUCAUUAUGACAAGAACUUGACUUCCAACUCUACAGUAACAAGCCUGAAGAACUCUGAUGGAACGUUCAACAUCUCAAGUAUCCUAAACAUCCAAGACAAUAAUGAGAGAUAUAACUGCUCUCUGUGGUCACUCAAAAAUGGACAAUACUUUAAAUAUCAAGAGUUUGAAGUGGAAGUGGAGGUUGAUGCUGGUUCCAGUCGAAUUAGCAGCACAGGCAACACAAGCACACAGCAUUGUUUAUCAUGCACUCAUCUCCUUCUUGCCCUGAUGUUUUCAUUGAGAAAAUAUUUGUCAUUAUAAUGUUUCUAAGUCAACUCAACGCUUACCCAAGACAGAUAAACACAAGACCAGAUAAAAUAACCAAAUGUCUGGUGGGUUUUAAUAAAUGAAUUUUGCAAGAUAGAUUGAUCAUCUAAUCAAUAUUUGCAGUGGAAGAAUUGUCUGCUAUGCAAAUUAUCUGGGUCUGAGGAAAUUUAAGGCUAGGGAAUGGUAACACUUUAUUUUGAUAGUCUGCUUUAGACAUUCUACUAACUAUAACUUUGCAACUACAUGUCAACUAUGUCUCAUUAUUAGUAGACUGCAUGGGCGUAGAUUUGGUCUCAGCGUUGGUGGGGACACCCCCCCGGAAUUCUUUUGUUGUAAGAUACCAGUGAUUUAAUGGUGAUUUCCUUUUUUAUUUCAGACUGUUGGCAAUACAGAAUAUCACAAUACAGAAGUGAAUCUACUUCAUCUCAUUAUAUUGUAUCCUGAGUCAGGAUUCCUGACCCCGAUAUACCAUCCUGUAUACUGUCCCUAAAGAGCUAGUAUAACUGUAUAAUCUCAAAAAUGCACUCUCAAAAAAUAAAAAUAAAAACCUGAGACUGUGUAAUGCUGCACAACCAAACGUUUUAUUAACAGAAAUUAUUACGUACAUUAGUAUUUACACUAACAAAAAAUACUCUGCCACAAGGAACUAUUGUUGAACUAUUAACUCUUGUUGAACUAUAUAACAUUGAUUAGUAUAACAAAAAUAAAAAAUAAUGCAUUAGAUUAAACUGGGAAGGGUCAUAACACUUGCAUAUUGUUGUCCUAGAUUUACUGCUUCUAUUGUUUUCAAUUCUAAGUCGCUUUGAAUAAAAGUGUCUGCUAAAUGAAUAAAUGUAAUUGUAAAUCUGU